UGGAUUGGGACACAUUAAAGACAUGUUAAAACAAGAAAUUGCACACUUAUGUACCAAAAUUCAUUUUCUUGAUUUGGCAUUUUGCAGUAGUAUUACUAACAGUAUUAUUUGUCUUAUAGUACAAUCGUGUCAGAAUUUGGAAUAUCUUAAUCUUAGUGGAUGUGGAAACAUCAGUGAUGUAGUUAUUUGCGAUAUUAUAUAUUAUUGCCAAAAACUCAAAUAUCUUGAUAUUAGUUGUUGUAAUAUUUCAGAUUUAGCUACCAAAAAAAUUGCAAGUUCAUGUAUUAAUCUAAAAUUUCUUAAUAUACAGUUAUGUGAAGGUAUCAGUGAAAAUGCAGUAAAAAAACUUAAUUCAAAUAUUAAAGUAAAAGAAUCAAAUGGAAGUCAGAAGAUGUGGAUUAAAGCUUUCAUUAGAUGGGUUGGUGACAAGAUUAAAUGUUUUGAAAGGAACUAG